AUGGCACUUCCGCUCCUUCUCAGCGUAGAUCCCGUAGGCUCGAUGCAGACAGAAGUGAUGAAAGGAGAUGGAAUCGUAGGAGUGUGUAGAUCGACAACAGGUGGAGAGGAUGGAGAUGCUGGCGUUUGGCGCGCUGGCCUGUUCGUGUAUGGUGCUGAGGAAAUGUUCCGCCCGCAGGCUUGGUUUGUGUUGGCGCCCCUGGUGGUUCUCAUCUUCCUUGGCUACAAGUACUGGAAAACAAGGAUCACACUCGAUGUGGUGGAGACGUUCCUCCGGAUGCAGCAAAUGCUUGGUCCGACGAGGUACGCCUACACUGACAUCGCUGCAAUCACAAGCCAUUUCAGAGAUAAGCUGGGUCAAGGAGGCUAUGGAUCCGUGUUCAAGGGUGUGAUACUCCCAGGCAAUCUCCAUGUGGCCGUCAAAUUGCUAGAGGGAAAUUCUAACUGCAACGGGGAAGAUUUUAUCAACGAGGUGUCCACCAUCGGCAGGAUCCACCAUGUCAACGUGGUCCGUCUCGUGGGGUUCUGCUCAGAAGAAAUGAGAAGGGCUCUGGUUUAUGAAUACAUGCCUGGAGGUUCUCUUGACAAGUACAUCUUCUCGUCAGAUAAAGAGAAGUCCUUCUCCUGGGAUAAGCUCAACGAGAUUGCAUCAGGCAUUGCCAGGGGCAUCAACUACCUUCAUCAAGGGUGCGAGAUGCAGAUUCUACAUUUUGACAUCAAGCCCCACAACAUCCUUCUUGACAGCAAUUUCGUCCCAAAAGUUGCUGAUUUCGGUCUCGCCAAACUGUACCCAAGGGACAACAGCUUUGUGCCAUCGAAUGCCUUACGGGGAACUAUUGGAUACAUAGUGCCUGAGAUGAUAUCACGGAGCUUCGGUGUCAUAUCAAGCAAGUCUGAUGUUUACAGCUUUGGGAUGCUGUUGCUGGAGAUGGCUGGAGGAAGAAGGAAUGCUGACCCGAAUGCAGCAAACUCAAGCCAGUCUUACUACCCAUCAUGGGUGUAUGACCGACUGAGUGAUCAAGAAGUGGUUGAGCUAUCUCCCGUUGAUGACAUGCAUGAGUUGGAGAAGAAGUUAUGCAUCGUUGGUUUGUGGUGCAUUCAGAUGAAGUCCCAUGAUCGCCCGACGAUGAGCGAGGUGAUAGAGAUGCUGGAACGUGAUGCCGACGGCUUGCGGAUGCCUUGUAGACCAUUCUUCCGUGACGAAGGGCACACACAUGUUGAGGAUUCCUACGAUUUUUCAUCGGAGCUGACCACAAUCCGUGAAGAUGAUGAGUAA